AUGAAUGACUCAAUUAACUCAUCUGAAUUAGAGAGUUCUUUUGAGUCGCGAUUACAACAUAUUAUGGAGACUCUUCAUGGUGCAGACGUUGAUGCAUGCCAACAAAUUGUCAAUGACAUUAUGGUUUCUAAUUCCUCUAUUUGCUGGGAUGAUGUUGUUGGUUUAGAGAAGGCUAAGAAUUCUUUGAAAGAAGCAGUUGUAUAUCCAUUUUUAAGGCCUGAUUUAUUUAAAGGUUUAAGGGAACCUAUCAGAGGGAUGCUGUUAUUUGGACCACCUGGUACAGGGAAGACUAUGAUAGCCAAAGCGGUUGCUACAGAAUCUAAAUCUACCUUUUUCAGUAUAAGUGCAUCUUCUUUAUUAUCAAAAUAUUUGGGUGAAUCUGAAAAGUUAGUAAGAGCCUUAUUUUAUUUAGCUAAAAGGUUGGCACCUUCUAUUAUAUUUAUUGAUGAGAUCGAUUCUUUAUUGGGAGAUAGAUCAGAAAAUUCGAGUGAAUCAUCUCGAAGAAUUAAAACAGAAUUAUUGAUACAAUGGUCCGAGUUAUCCAGCUCCACAGCACGGGAUAAUAAUGAUAAUAAGAACCAAGAACUUGAUAACAAAAAAAUAGUAAUAAUAAAUGUAAUACAUUUCAUGAGGACAUUUGUCUGGAUAAUAGGGUGUUGGUCCUUGCAGCAACCAAUUUACCUUGGAUAA